GUGCAGCAGUCUCCUCUUGCUCUUGACGGCCCGUGGAUCCUGCUCGUCCUCUGCGCUGUGACAGCGGCUUCUCGCUCAGCUCUGCUCGCGCCGCGCCACCGCUGCAGCCGCAUCUCCAUCAGCAUCCCCAUCACCCCGCGACUCGGAAGGAGGAGAAGCAGGAGCAAGGACUAGGAGGAGAAAAGAGCCAGGAGGCAGCUGCCAAUCACCUCCGGUUCAGCUCCCUCUGGGCUUGCCAGAGUCUGGGUAGCCGCCAGCCUCUAGCCUCCCUGCCCCUGCCAGGGUCUCCGCCACCACCACCACCUCCGCCGCGGCUGCUGCCUCUGCCCCGCUGCCGCCACCAUGGGGCUCCUGGACUCGGAACCGGCGCGCAUGCUGGAUGCUGUGUCCACCGCGGUCAACGAUACCAUAGAGUUCUACCGAUGGACCUGGUCGAUCGUAGAUAAACGUGUUGAAAACUGGCCUCUGAUGCAGUCUCCGUGGCCUACAUUAUGUAUAAGUACUCUUUAUCUCCUCUUUGUGUGGCUGGGACCCAAAUGGAUGAAGAACAGAGAACCCUUCCAGAUGCGUUUAGUGUUGAUUGUCUAUAAUUUUGGAAUGGUUUUACUUAACAUGUUUAUCUUCAGAGAGCUAUUUUUGGCAUCAACUGCUGCAGGAUAUAGCUAUAUUUGCCAGAGUGUGGAUUAUUCAGAUGAUGUGAAUGAAGUCAGGAUAGCUGGGGCUCUGUGGUGGUACUUUGUGUCGAAAGGAGUUGAGUAUUUGGAUACAGUAUUUUUCAUCCUGAGGAAGAAAAACAACCAAGUAUCUUUCCUUCAUGUGUAUCAUCACUGUACUAUGUUUACAUUGUGGUGGAUUGGCAUUAAGUGGGUGGCAGGAGGACAAGCAUUUUUCGGAGCUCAGCUUAAUUCUUUUAUCCAUGUGAUUAUGUAUUCAUAUUAUGGCUUAACUGCAUUUGGCCCAUGGAUUCAGAAAUAUCUGUGGUGGAAACGAUACUUGACCAUAUUGCAGCUGGUUCAGUUCUAUGUGACCAUUGGACACACAGCAUUGUCUCUUUAUACGGAUUGCCCCUUCCCCAAAUGGAUGCACUGGGCUCUCAUUGUUUAUGCCAUCAGUUUUAUUUUUCUGUUUCUUAAUUUCUACUAUCAAACAUACAACGACCCCAAGACAUCAAAAACUCGAACAGCAACAACAAAUGGUAUUUCAGCAAAUGGUGUAAGCAAAUCAGAAAAGCAGCUAGUGAUGAAUGGAAAAAAGAAUCAUAAUGGAAAGGCAAAAGGAGAGUAACUUAAUCCAGGCCUUAAUUUUUGUUGACAGUAAGGAACUUCCCAUUUGAUAAAAUUUUCAAGGAAAAACACAAGCAAAUGAAGGUUUGGAAUAGGGAGAAAGGAGCCUUCUCUCUCUGUGCCAGUUAACCUUUAGAUUAACUAAAGUGUUAGAUAAGACACCCAGAUGUUUAUUUAUGAAUAUUGUUUCAACAAUAAGACUUCUAAUUAACUUUUAAUUUUUGUCCAGACUAAAGGAUCAUCCUGUUAUUUGGAAGAUUCCCUUUCAGGCCACAAGGUUCUUCGUAGAAGAACUCUUGCUAGUAGAAUACUAGCAAAAUAUAAUGGAGUUUUCAUAAAUCUUUUUGUGCAUAUGUGCAAGUUCUUCUAAAGUUGGUUUUUGAACCAACUAGAUGAGCCAUAUCACAAAGUGACUAUGUUUAAUGAGGACAUUAGUAUACAUAUGUGCCCUCACUAACAACCCUUUAAUCUAAAUUACCAGCUACAUGCCCUUUCCAUUUUCUGGGUUGAAGCAUAAUGGUAAUAUAAAUGAUCUUAAGUAUUUUGGAUUUCAAUUUACAUGCUAAAGUGGUCUGAAUAUGCCAUUUUUUGUUGUAAUUAGGUAUUUAAAAUCUGGUAAUGACUCUAAACUCUUAAGUAUUUGGUGAAGUCUGGUGUUGGUAAAUGUAAGAAAACAUUGCAUAAAAUAUGUUUUAGCAGUCCAAAGGUUAUUGGAAUAACCAGUGAUGCAAAUGAUUGUGGGGAAACAAAUUUUUGUGAGCAAAAGGUAGCCUUUGAAUAUUUCUAUUUCUGUCAGAAAUGUAUUAUGAAAAAUUAUAAUUAUUGUCUGAUCAGAA